UGUGGUUGCAUACAAAUCGUCAGGGCUGGGGAAAUCCAGACUUUGCAAUCAGCACCACCACAUCCCACCACCGAUUACCAGCCUCCAAUUUGGGCUCUUGUCCUUUUGCAAGCUGCUUCGAUUUCGUCACAGUCCCCCCCUAGGCUCGGCAUCGCACACCGCAUCUUUCACCAUCGGCCACGAUGGCAUCCCGGACGCUGGAGUCCCGCUUCGAGCGGAUGUCGGUCAACGACGAGAACGACCCCGACAACGGAGGCCGGACCUACCAGAAGUCCAAGGUCAUGGCCACGUCCUCCCAAGCCGCCGGCGGCGCCAACGGCAACAGGCCAAAUAUAUUCAAGGUCGCCCUGCAGACGCAGAGCGCAAACACGGUGACUUCAGUCACGCUGCCAUCGCAGGCGGCACAACGGAAGGGCGCGGCGGCGGCGGUGGCGGCGGCGGCAGCGGCCGAGCGGGCGUCGUCACGCAGCUCGGACGAGCUCGCGUCCAGCUCGGCAGCGGCGGCGGCGGCGGCCGAGAAGCAAGACCAGCUCUCGUCGGUGCCCAAGCAGUUCCAUCUUGGCAUGUUCGAGAUCGGGCGGCCGCUGGGCAAGGGCAAGUUCGGGCGGGUGUACCUGGCGCGGGAGCGCAGCAGCGGCUUCAUCUGCGCGCUCAAGGUGCUGUACAAGUCGGAGCUGUCGACGGGCAGCGUCGAGAAGCAGGUGCGGCGCGAGGUGGAGAUCCAGACGAACCUGCGGCACCCAAACAUCCUCAAGCUGUACGGGCACUUCCACGACAGCAAGCGCAUCUUCCUCAUCCUCGAGUUCGCGGCCAAGGGCGAGCUGUACAAGCACCUGAGGCGCGAGAGCCGGUUCCCCGAGUGGAAGGCGGCCCAGUACAUCGCGCAGAUGGCGAGCGCGCUCCGGUACCUGCACCGCAAGAACGUCAUUCACCGCGACAUCAAGCCCGAGAACAUCCUGGUCGGCAUCCACGGCGAGCUCAAGAUUUCCGACUUUGGCUGGAGCGUGCACGCGCCCAACCGCCGCCGCGCCACCCUGUGCGGCACCCUCGACUACCUCCCGCCAGAGAUGAUCAACUCGGGCACCAAGGACAAGAGCUACGACGAGAAGGUCGACCUCUGGAGCCUCGGCGUCCUCACUUACGAGUUCCUGGUCGGCGAGGCCCCCUUUGAAGACACCCCCGUCAUGACGCACAGGAGGAUAGCAAAGUGCGACAUGACCAUCCCGUCGUUUGUGAGCCCCGAGGCUCGUGACUUGAUCAAGAAGCUCCUCGUCCUGGACCCCGAAAAGAGGCUCGGACUUGACGCCAUCCAGGAGCACCCCUGGAUCAUCAAGCACUGCGUCAAGGGGGAGCGGGCUUCGAACCGCGAAAAAGCUUCGUCACGCGAUUAAUGACCUAAUGACGCACGCAUUUCUCUUAUAUAUGGCAUCCUCAUUCUUCACUCUCCCCUUCUCUUGUCAUCGCGAAGGGGAGUAGGCGUUUCUGGGUCUAUCAUGGUGUUGGUAAUGUGUCAUGUGCAUCUUUGCGCUUGGGGUUUCGGAGUUUGAUUCUUGUCUUUUUUUUUGUUCCCGCUGGGACCGAGGUUGUCGACGCACUACAUGGCUCCGAAUUGCGAUUUCAUGGUGAUAAUAUUACAAAGAUUACAAUACGACGUGGCUUAUGUCGUCGUUACC